GCAUUUUCUCCCAUCUUCUUCUUUCUUCUCUUUCAUUUUUCUCAUCCCUUAUCCAAAUUCACUUUCUUUUUUCUCCUCUCUUCCUUUACUCCUCUCAUAUAUUUCACUCUCUCAUCUUAAUCUUCUCUUUCCUCUUCUUUCUGUUUCCUCUUCCCUUUCCAUUUCAUCUUCAUUUCUUCUACUUUCCUUCUUGCUAUUCUCUUGUUCUCUCCAUCCCUCUUCCUUUUCCUCUUCCUUUUCCUUUAAUAUGUUACUUGAAAUAAGAGAAAAAUGGGGGAAAUUCCGCUAGUGUUUUGGCCAAUUUGUGGGGGUGGAGUUACUGUUCACGUCGGGGCACUGUUCACCGGUUACUGUUCACACCCCGAGGGCCAACAUUUAACGGGAAUUUAAAUGAUUAGUUUGUGAUAUAAGAACGAAUUUGGAGAUAUUUGAUCAUGUGGAAAUUGAUAGGAAUAGCAUCGGGAUUAGGAGUGAUCUUGAUGAUUUCAGUUUGAAUUUGUGAUGAUCCGGUAUUAAUUUUGAGGUGUUUUGAUUAGGUUCCCGAUCAUUCUGUCAGUUACUAUCGAGAUUAAGUGCUCGGUUUUAUGCGAGUGAGGAAAUGAAACCGAGGACGGGGAAACCACGGGAAGUGACGAGUUAGAAAGCUAGCCAUUUCGAGAUUGAUAUAGAUUUUAGAAAUAAAUCGUGAAUUUGUAAGCUAGAGUGUAUUUGGAGAUUUAUGAUAUCAGAGAGAAUUUUAAAGAUUUGAUAUUCAUAUUUUGGUGGUAUCAGAGUACAGUAUGAUAAGUUCCGAGCCUUGUGCACUCGUG